GGUUGGGGUCCACUCAAGAUGGCAGCCCAGCUCAAAGUUCUCAACCUUCUGAAUUGUCGAUCUAUGAGAAGAACUCCUGAUUUGUCUGCUUUCAAAAGCUUAGAAAUUUUUUUGCUGGAAGGAUGUUGGCAUCUACAAGAGAUUCAUCCUUCUAUUGGUGACAUCAAGACCCUUGUCUCCUUGAAUGUCAAGAGUUGUAAGAGAUUGGAGGAGCUACCGGUUGGAGUAGGUAGAAUGGAAGAAUUGAGUGAGCUUAUCUUAGAUCAUACUAAUAUAAAAGAGAUUCCUAUUUCGAGAGGUUGUUUGAUGAAGCUGGAGAAACUAAGUGCCUCGUCUUGUAGACGACUAGCUCAACUUCCAGAAUCCAUGGGCUCUCUUGUGUCAUUAACUCUGUUGGACAUAUCUGGGACACGGAUUGAAGGCUUACCUAAAUCCAUUGGUUCUUUGAAGGAGCUCAAGACUCUUGAUGCCUCUAAUUGUGCAUUCUUAGCUUGCAUACCCAGCUGCAUAGGCCAUCUAGCAUCUUUGCAGUGCUUGUUAUUAUGGGGAUGCUCCUCGCUGAGAGAAAUUCCCGAUUCUAUCGGAAAGUUGGAAUCGUUGGCUGAACUACAUUUAGCAAGGACAGCAAUUGCAGAAUUACCUAGAAGCAUUGGGAAUCUGCAGAACUUAAGGAUCUUGGACAUUUGUCGAACUCACAUAACAGAAUUGCCUGGUGCCAUCGGAAUGUUGACGAAACUCCAAGAUUUGAGAGCUUCAGGAUGCAAAAAUCUAGAAGGACUACCUAGUAAUAUGGGCGAACUGGUUUCGCUAAACAAGCUUAAUUUAGAGAAGUCGGACAUUACAAGCUUGCCAGAAAGCAUUUCUAAGCUGUCUUCUGUCCAAAACCUGAGUGUUCGAUAUUGCCAAAAGCUUCGAGGACUGCCAGAACUGCCCUUUGGCAUAACUGCUCUACGUAUCACCUGCCAGAGUCCAGCGUUGCCACAACUUUCCCAACUAACCCUUCUCAAGAAACUCACUCUUUCUGAUUGCCCUUGGCUUGAAUAUCUUCCAAAGCUUCCCAUUGGGCUAUCAAUGCUUUCUAUUACACGUUGUGGAAAAUUGAAAGCGGUGACGGAUUUGUCGAACUUGAAGCACUUAUCUGAAUUGUAUCUUGAGGAGUGCUACGAGCUAAUGGAAGUCACCGGUCUAGAACGUUUACAAUCUCUCCGUAACUUACGUAUACGAGAAUGCCCUAAUAUACCUUGGCUUGAUGGUGUCGAAUCCUGUGAUUCUUCAUCCUCAAUAUGAUAUCGAGAAUUAUACUUUUAGAUUAAUAA